UUGUUUCAGAGUGUACUUCAACUCGUGGCCGAGAGCAGCCGUCUAACCGCGCAGAUCAAGGAUAUCAAGAUCAUUGGGAAGAAGGAAAGAGACAACCUUGCUGACCGCUUCGAAGCCGAGCGUGCUCGCCUUCGCCAAGCCCUAGGCGAUGCUCGUGAGCAGGCAGCUAAGUACGCUCUUGAGCGCGAUUUGGCUAUAGCUGGUCAUGGGGGUUUGACCGGAAAAGUCGGAAAGCUAGAGAAAGACCUGAAAAAGUCCGAAGAUGAACGUUUGAUGGCGCUAUCGUUAGCGGAGACUAGCUCAGCUAAGCAGAAGAUACUGCAGAAUAAACUCGACAAAGCGCUUGCAGAAAAUGGAGAUCUCGAGAAAGACAACGCUUGUCUGCGAAUGCAGCUGGCUGCGCUACAAAAGAAUCUGGAGGAUGAGAGUGUGCUCCGUGCCACAGCAAAUUCGAAGAUUCGGGCUCUCACAGAAGACUUGGAAUUCCUGAAAAAGCAGCAUGAAUCGGUAUGUAUGUUUAGGCUGGACACGUCUCUGUGCUAUCCAUGUUUACUUUUCGACGUCUUUAAGGCUCUCAAGGACCUCCAUCAUAAGCGCCAGGUUGACAUGACCACAUACGCUAAACAAAUCAACGACGAGUUCAAGUCGAAGUUGCAAGACCAUCUGGCUGAGAUGCGUGCACGUUUCCAGGCACAGUUAUCGUCGAGCAAGACCGCUCUUGAGGAGUCGUACAAGAAUAAGGUAAGCAGUACAAAUCCAGCUGUUGCUUCUGUUCUGACUAUUGCUGUGUUGUUGUUAUACUGCUUUCCUAAACAAAAUUAUGAUUUGUUUCAGAUUUAUGAUGCACUUGAACGUGCCAAAGCUGCACAUGACGACGCUGCUCGUAUGCGUGUUCGUAGUCAUGAACUUGAGAAUUGUGGCAGUAGCCAUGAUGCAGUGAUCGAUAGUCUUCGUCGUGAAAUCGCUGCACUAAAGGACGAUAUGGAUGCAGCUAGACGUUCGUACCAGGAGAGACUGGGUGAAAAGGAAUUGCGUAUUGCUGAGCUGAACCGUGAAAUUCAACGUAUUAUGGAUGAGCUCCAUCGUUUAUUCGAUGAAAAGGUUCAGCUGGACACUGAGUUGAACACGUAUCGUAUGCUAUUGGAGCUUCAGGAAAGUUUUCUCAUUAGUUUCGGCGCCGGUGGCCAGUCGCGCAACAGCAUUUCCUCGCACCAUGUGUCUUUCAUGUCCAACAGCGGAAGCGCUCAACACGGAGUGAAGAGAGCCAGAAUAGAGUGGGACGGGAACGGUGAUGAUCUGGAUUUCCAUAGGCUUGGCCAGAAAAUGCAGAAGCACGUCGAUGGCCCAGUAGGAAUAGAAGAAAUUGAUCCCAACGGCCAAUGGGUACGUAUCAGGAAUAACACCGACGAGGAAGUCAGCAUUGCCCACUGGAAAUUGCUUGUUCGUGCUGGUGGAAAGGAAGUCACCUAUCAGUUCAACCCACGCAUGAAGUUGGAUCCUCAUGGUCACGCCACUGUGUACUCCGCGGAUUCUGGAGAAAAGCACCGUUCGCCAACCGAUGUAGUUAUGGAGAAUCAGAAUUGGCCGAUGGGUGACAAUACGUCUGUGCGCCCUGAGGAUCAUGAAGGAAACCUCCGAUCAUCGGUAAUAUUAAUGUUUCCAUACAUUUGA